CAGGAGAUGAAUCAAUUAACUACAUAUGCAUUGACUAGUGAAACUGGUCUCGAUGGGCCAGACCAGGUAUUAUCUACGGACAUAGAUACUACAUGUAACGCUGACGGCAGAGUACGAAUAAAGUUAGAUAGCAAUGGAUCUAAUUCAUUCAUGCCCAUAUCAAUCCCUGGAGUUUUAACUAGAACUGCAAAGCUUUAUCCUAACCAUAUAGCGUUGGUGUCUAGACCUGAUACUAACGGCAAAAGAACCACAUAUACUUUCCAAGAAUAUGAGUCUAUUAUAAGAAUCGUCGCGAAAGCGUUUCUAAAGUUAGGUUUGGAGCGACAUCAUAGUGUCUGCAUAAUGGGAUUCAAUAGUCCGGAGUGGUUUAUUGCUGAUCUCGCGGCUAUAUAUGCUGGUGGGAUCGCUACAGGGAUUUAUAUCACAAAUUCUCCAGAAGCAUGCCAAUAUUGUGCUGAAAACAGUCGGGCAAAUAUAAUAGUCGUUGAAGAUGAGAAACAAUUGCAAAAAAUCUUGCAAAUAAAACACAAUUUAACCCACUUGAAAGCAAUUGUUCAAUAUAAUGGCAUACCUACCAAAAAGGAUGUUUUGAGUUGGGACGAUUUAUUGGACAUAGGUAAAAAAGAAUCGGAGGAUAAAUUACUAUCUGUGUUAAAGACGAUAGGAGUAAAUGAAUGUUGUAUUGUAGUAUAUACAUCGGGAACAGUCGGAAAGCCAAAAGCUGUAAUGGUAAAUCAUGAUAAUGUGCUGUUCAGUGUACGGACAUUAUUGUCAAUGCUACGUUUAAAAGAAAAAGCAGAGAUUAUAGUUAGCUAUCUACCACUGUCUCAUAUAGCAGCACAGAUAAUUGACAUCAUACUAAACAUUAUGUUAGCGAGCACAGUAUACUUUGCGGACCCAAGUGCAUUAAAGGAUACAUUAAUAAAUACGUUACUUGUUGCACAACCAACUAUUUUCAUAGGGCUACCCAGAAUAUGGGAAAAGAUAUAUGAAAAAAUGCAAAAAAAAGCGCAUAAUAACGGCAUAAUAAAAACUUGGAUUAUUGAAUGGGCAAAAACACAAGCUCUUCAUUAUUAUAGAAAUAAAAUAAAUGGCACAAAUUAUAAACAUUGGGGCUACGUUUUUGCAAAAUGGCUUGUUUUCGACAAAGUCAAAGCAGUAUUAGGUUUGAACAAGUGUCAAAUCUUCGUUACCGCAGCAGCACCCUUAUCGAAUAUCGAUAUUAAAAAAUAUUUCCUGAGUUUAGACAUGCCUCUAUUAGAGGGAUAUGGAAUGUCUGAAUGUAGUGGAGCUCAUACAAUAACUGACAUUAACCAAUACAGCAUGAAUAGUGUAGGAAGAACUUUACCCGGAUUAUAUACAAAAUUAUACAAUAUAGAUGAACAUGGCGACGGAGAAAUUUGUAUGAGUGGACGACAUAUAUUUAUGGGUUAUUUAAAUGCACCAGAAAAAAUCAAAGAAGCCAAAGAUAAAAAUGGUUGGUUACAUAGUGGUGAUCUUGGCAGAUUAGAUUCAAAUGGAAAUUUGUUUAUUAAUGGUAGAAUAAAAGAUCUUAUAAUCACAAGCGGAGGGGAAAAUGUAACAUCGUAUAAUAUAGAACAAUCGAUAUUAUCGGAAUUACCAUAUUUAAGUAAUGCUAUGGUAAUUGGAGAUCGAAGGAAAUAUUUAACGGUCCUUGUCACGCUUAAGAGUAAUAUGAAUGAAGAGACUGGCGCGCCAUUAGAUACACUGGCGCCAGAUGUAUUAAAAUGGGCACAGUCUAUUGGUAGUAGUGCUAAAACGGUUACAGAAGUCAUAAACUCUCGCAAUACAGCCAUAUAUGAAGAAAUCGACAAGGCAAUUAAGAGAGCAAAUAUGCAAGCUAUAAGUAAUGCUCAAAAAGUACAGAAAUUCGAAAUUCUUCCUCAUGAUUUUUCGAUUCCAACUGGCGAAUUGGGGCCUACAUUAAAGCUUAAAAAGAAUAUCGUCGAAAAGAUGUAUGUUGAUUUGAUAGAUAAAAUGUAUGAAUAA